CUCUGUGUGGCUGAAUUGGAAGAUUGGGCAGCGUGAGUUAUCAGAAUGUAUACAGGAAAAACGUGUCCUUACUUCUAAGACCUCAGAUACUGGCGAACUGCAAGUCUCUGGCUGAAAAGUUGUCUCCAUCAGGACCACCAGGGCGGAUUCUAAUGAACUCUGUUGCUUGCAGGAGAGGCUGGAAGGACUGGAGGACAUGCUGAAGGAACUUCACCUCUCCCUGUCCCUGGUCCUGGUGUUUGCCUGUGGCCUGCUCUACCAGCUCACCCUGAGGUCUCAGUGCUUCUUUGCUUGUCUGCCUCCUUUCACAUCUCCACAGGGCCUGGAAGGCCUCCUGAGGAACGGACGAAGCAUCGUGUUUAUAGAGACCUCCGAGAGGCUGGAGCCGCCUCCACUGGUCUCUUGUGCUGUGGAGUCUGCUGCUAAAAUCUAUCAGGAGCAGCCCAUCCUCUUCUUCAUGAAAGGGCUCAGCAACGCUACACAGAUGACUUCAAAUACCAGCAGCUACCCAGCCUUCUCCCUCCUCUCGGCCAUUAACAACGUUUUCUUCGUGCCUUUGGACAUGAAAACCCUGUUUGAAGACACACCCUUGUUUUCGUGGUACACCAAAGUCAACAGCAGUAGAGAGAAACACUGGCUCCAUGUCAGCUCUGAUGCAUCCCGCCUGGCUAUUAUCUGGAAGUACGGUGGCGUCUACAUGGACACCGAUGUCAUCUCUAUCAGGCCCAUCCCCGAGGAGAACUUUCUGGCAGCCCAGGGCUCCCAACACUCCAGUAACGGGGUAUUUGGGUUCCUUCCCCACCACCCCUUUCUGUGGGCCUGCAUGGAGAACUUUGUUGAGCACUACAACUCAGGCAUUUGGGGCAACCAAGGUCCCAAACUGAUGACAAGGAUGCUAAAGAUAUGGUGUAGACUUAAAGACUUCCAAGGGUUGGGUGACCUGAAGUGUUUGAAUAUUUCUUUCCUCCAUCCCCAGAGAUUUUACCCCAUCCCCUAUCCGGAGUGGAGACGUUACUACCAAGUGUGGGACAGAGAUCUGAGCUUCAACGACUCCUAUGCACUGCAUCUGUGGAACUUUAUGAACCGAGAGGGCAAGACUGUGGUUAGAGGGAGCAACAGUCUGGUGGAAAAUCUCUAUCAAAAGCACUGUCCUAAGACUUACAGGGUUCUGAUUCAAGGUGCAGAAGGGACAGUGUCCAGGAAGUCAGGCAAAGGUAACAGAUAGAGAACUGCUGCUGCUGUGGGAAACUGGAUGCUUUCUGGGCUGCCCAACUCUUGCAUGGUCUACAUCGUCUCUAGAGGCUCAUCCACUUCUUUAGGACUAACUUUGUCUGGUCAUAACAGCAGGCUUCCAAAGAAAAGUGGCUGUAAGCACAGAAGUUUAUUUAUUCUUCACUGAACAGCAAGUCUGAGGGCAGAUAAUUUAGGAAAGGUAUUUAACAGUGGCCAUUGGAAGCCCAUGCUAGAAUCUUUCUGUUUGUUUUCCUGCUGUCUGUAGUCCAUGCUCAUGUGGCUGCUAGACCUACAGCUCAUCAUGUGGCUAUGCCAGACAGUAGCAUGGCAGAGGGAGGAAAGAAAAUGCGUUUCAUAAGACUUUAUGCAAGUACUGUGUAAGUGCAAAUACCAUGUAUCUCCCUGGCUAGAUUGUAGCUGCAAGAGAGGCUGGUAGGUAGCUAGCAGGUUUGUUUACUGUUCUAUUUUUAUUAAAUAUUGUUAAGAUUAAUUUUAACACCUGUCAGAAUGGAGGGACCUGGUUGCUGUUGUUGUUGUUGCUUUGAUUUUUGAGACAGGUUCUCACUAUGUAGAUCGGGAGAGCAUCCAAUUCACAGAGAUCCUCCUGCCUCAUGCUGGGAUUAAAGGCAUGUGGCAUCCUA